AUGGCUGCAUACCUAGAUGAGAUUAAGGCUAUUAGUGAUCAGUUAGACUCCAUUGGCUUCCCAGUCUCAGACCAGGAGAAGAUUUAUGGUGCUCUGAGCGGAUUAGGUCCAGAAUAUCAGUCUAUUGACACAUAUGUUGAGAACUCCAUGGAGCAGUUCCCUGGACCAACCUUUGAAGAUGUGGAGUUCAAGCUGAUCAACUUUGAGAACAAGCUUCUCAAAUACUCUGAGACUCCUGCAGUCUCUCCUCAUUUGGCGUUUAACACUGGUCGGCAGUACUCCAACAGAGGUCGUGGUCAGAAUAAUGGUAGAAAUGGAGGUUACAGAGGACGCGGCUCCUACUCCACUCGUGGCCGUGGAUUCCACCAACAGAUCAGCACUUCAAACUCUGGUGCUUCUGACAGACCUACUUGUCAGAUCUGCGGUAAGUAUGGUCACUCUGCAGCAAGGUGCUACAAGCGGUUUGAUCAUGCCUACCAAUCAGAAGAACUUCACAAUGCUUUAGCUGCUAUGCGGAUGACAGAUCAAUCAGGUCCACCCGGUCAUGAGUGGUAUCCAGACUCGGGUGCUACUUCACACAUCACCAACAAUGUCGAAACUCUCCAGUCUGCUCAGCCCUACAACGGUGAUGAUAGAGUGAUGGUAGGUAAUGGAGACUUCCUUCCCAUUACUCAUAUCGGUUCAGUCCCUCUUCAAACUCUGCAAGGUACAUUCUUACCUUUAAAAUAUGAGACAAAACCAGUAAUGCAGAGCAAAACCUCAGUUGGAGAUUGGUUUUGUCUCAUAAGCUUUAGGAAAAUAAUAUAUCAACCUGAGCAAUGUAAGCUUUAG